UCAGAUUGCGCUUGACAGAAUUCCACGGUCUGCCAUUCAUCUCACUUGAACAGCUGAAAGUCGUGUGUGUGGCGUGCACUUUAUUUAUUUGUCCAUUCACCAGUUGGUUUCAGGAGCCUACUUAAUUUCAACAGAGAUGGAGACGACAAACGAAUUUAACGGACACGCAGUGUCCGACUGCCCCGUUCCCACAAGCAAAAUUCCAAAUAAGGAUGAUCCCAAAACCUUCUUCGCUAAGUUCGCUUUAUUUUUCAAAAGGAACCUGAUGGUGAUACUGACUGUUUCGGGGGUCCUGGCGGGCGUCGGGCUCGGCAUGUUGGUCCGGAACACGAACCUCACCCUUGCACAGAAGACUUAUUUCGCCUUUCCCGGAGAAAUGCUUCUGAGGAUGCUGAAGAUGAUCAUUAUCCCGCUGGUAGUGUGCAGCCUGAUCUCGGGGGCUGCCAGCCUGGACACCCGCUCUCUGGGUAAAUUGGGUGGAAUUGCGGUAUCAUACUUUUUAGUGACCACCCUCAUUGCUUCGGCCAUCGGAGUGGCACUUGCAUUUAUUAUCAAACCAGGCGUCGGUGCCGGUGCUCUGAACAGCAAUAAUUUGGGGCUGGAGACCGUCUCUGCUGACAAAGAAACAACAGACUCCUUUUUAGAUCUCGCCAGAAACCUAUUUCCUGCUAACUUGGUUGCUGCUGCUUUCCGCUCAUAUGCCACUGACUACAAGAUGAUUGCUGUGGGAAACCAGACGAAUGGAACACUCAUCUAUGAAAAGGUCCCGGUUGGCAUGGAAACAGACGGCAUGAACAUCCUGGGUCUGGUUCUGUUUGCCAUGGUGUUUGGUGUUGCCCUGAGGAAGCUGGGUGCUGAGGGGGAGGAACUUAUACGCUUCUUCAAUGCCUUCAAUGAAGCCACUAUGGUUCUGGUCUCCUGGAUCAUGUGGUAUGUCCCUAUUGGCAUCAUGUUCCUGGUGGGCAGUAAAAUCGUGGAGAUGGAGAAUCUGGUCCUGCUGGUCACCAGUCUGGGGAAGUACAUCUUCGCUUCAGUGCUGGGGCACGUAAUCCACGGGGGCAUCGUUCUGCCACUCAUCUACUUCGGAUUCACCCGCAAGAACCCCUUCAGUUUCCUGGCUGGGCUCAUCACCCCUUUCACUACGGCCUUUGCCACCUGCUCCAGUUCCGCGACCCUUCCCUCGAUGAUAAAGUGUGUCGAAGAGAACAAUGGAGUGGACAAGAGGAUCAGCCGCUUCAUCCUGCCAAUCGGAGCCACAGUCAACAUGGAUGGAGCUGCCAUCUUCCAGUGUGUCGCUGCCGUGUUCAUCGCCCAGCUCAACAACAUUGAGCUCAACGCAGGACAGAUCUUCACCAUACUUGUGACGGCCACAGCAUCCAGUGUGGGGGCAGCUGGCAUCCCUGCUGGGGGAGUCAUCACCAUCGCCAUCAUCUUGGAGGCCAUUGGACUACCGACCAAUGACUUGUCACUCAUGCUGGCCGUUGAUUGGAUUGUGGACCGUACGACCACAGUGGUGAACGUGGAGGGCGACGCCCUGGGAGCGGGGAUUCUGCACCAUAUCAACGAGCAGGGCCUGAAGAGGCACAGGCAGCAGGACGAGGAGCUGGCCGAGGUGAGGGUGGAGGCCUUCGCCAACCUGCAGGCCGAGGAGGAGACAUCCCCACUCGUCACGCGACAGAACCAGGGAGGAGACGUCUCCCCCGGUGCCAAGGAGGACAGUGUGGCGAUUGAGUCCGCUCUCUGAGCCACGAGGAACCCCCCUCCUCCACAUAAAAAUAAAUUAUGGAAUCUACUCAAGACAAGCCAUCUUAUACCUGUGGAGAUGACUGAACUUGUAAUGUGCUGUACUGUGGAUAGAGUGCAUGGGAAUAUGCCUGCUGACGGUUUAUAUUGUGAUUGUGCCAUUUCUUAAAGAUCCAGCUCACAGUUUGUAAUUCUGCCACUCAUUUUUUACUGUUUUUAUUCUUUUAAUCUGUUCUUUACUGUGGUAGGAAAUCUACUUGGCAUUACACGUGUUGUCACGGUUUUAUAUAUUGAGAGCGUGAGUUUAUAAGAAGUGAGUUAUUUACCGUGUAUCCCCUCUGUCCUGUUUGUCCAGAUGUUUUACAUAAAAUGAAAUAUUAAGUGUGUUGGUAUGUAAGUCUGUCAGUGUGUUUUGUUAAGAACAGGCACUCACACUUUGUUGUGUGGACGAGGCAGCUUCUCAUUUUCAGUUCACUGAAUAUGGUGAGUGCUUGUGAUGAGUAUGUUAACAGCAGCCAUUUUGGCGUGUUGAUGCCAAAACAAACAAGGGCUAGCCCUAAUUUUCUUCAGUAGAUAUUAACAGCAAAAUGACAGCUACCAUAGUAUACAAGUCUUCAUUCAUGGGUAAAAGACUGCCUGUCCUAUUGACAUCUGAAUGCCUGGUCCAUACUCUUUGCAGGGUAAACAUGAGAUUCUCAGAUUGGGUGCCUGACCUGAACGCAAACCCAGUUGUGCAAAGUAACUCUUGGGCUUCUUAAUACAAGUCAGAAAUGCAACCAGAUAAAAAAUGAUUUUAGAAGUGAAACCAGGUGAGAUAUCCCCCUUAUAAAACGUUUGCACAUAUAGAUUUAUCUUACCUGGACCUUGUUCUGUCUGCUAUACAGUACUGUGCAAAAGUUUUAGGCAGGUGUGAAAAAAAGCUGUAAAAUAAAAAUAGAAAUGUU